AUGCCCACAUAUUUCAGGUACAAUUACACGAAAUUUAUUGGUGGAAUUUUAUUAUUGACAAUGCAUGAUUUUAAAGCGCUCAAUGGCAUGUCCAAUAAAUACUGGGGUUGGGGCCUCGAAGAUGAUGAAUUUUAUCUUCGUCUCAGGGAUGCCAAUUUUCUUUCAUCUAUGCAAAGACCGGUGAAUUUAACAACGGAUCGUCGAAAUACAUUUCGCCAUAUCCACAAUCCAGUGCUUCGAAAGAGAGAUUUUAAAAAAUAUGGCAAUCAAAAAGAGGUAUAA